CUUCACUCUCACCACCUUCCUUCUCCCUUCCCACCUCUCCCCCUACCCACCCAUAGUCCCAUAUUUACACCUGAUUACUAUAAUUCAUUUUAGUAAUUUUAUUUUAAUUAUUAUUAGGAAGGCGGUGGGAUGGCAGGAUGUGGUUUAGAAACAAGAGCCAUUCGUGUGUGGGUCAGACAACAACACCACAUCAUACAUAUCAUUAUCAGAUUAUUAGAGUUACUCGACCCUAUUAACAACCGGGUCCUCCCAAAUAAAAUCCCCCCCACGUUUUUUCAAUUCUCUUUCACAAUCACCUUUUAAUUUCCUCUCUUUUCUCCCUCCCUCCCUCACUCACUCUCUUAGCUUCAACUCACCACUCACCAAUUAUCAUAAUCCCUUCUUCUCUCUCAGCUCUCUCUCUCUCUCUCUAUAUAUAUAUAUAUAACAACAAUAACACACCGCAAUAAACACUAAGAAGAAGAAGAAGAAGAAGAAUGGGAGUAGAGCCACGAACACCAAGCUCUGAAACGGAAACAGAAACAGUAGAAACUGGAAGAAGCACUGCCACAUGUGCUUCACCACCAUCAACACCAACUCUCACAUCGAGCAAGAAGCGAUCAAGGCAAAGCAAUAAAAAUGACAAUGACAGGAAUGCUAACACUAACAGCAAGCACCCUAUAUACAGAGGGGUCAGAAUGCGCACGUGGGGAAAAUGGGUCUCCGAAAUUCGGGAGCCACGCAAAAAGAGCCGCAUCUGGCUCGGAACCUUCGCCACCGCCGACAUGGCCGCGCGUGCACACGACGCCGCCGCUCUCACCAUCAAAGGCUCCUCCGCGGAUGAAUCCUCUUCCUCUUCCACCACCACCACCACUACCACCUCCGAGGAUGAGGAGCUUGGCGAAAUCGUUGAGCUUCCUCCGCUUGGAAACAGCUUCGAAGUAGCUGAAGUAGAUCCGAGUGGGAUCAACGAUCUUGAUCAGUUGGUGUUCUUCGAUCCGUUUGACGGUAACUGUUACCCUUGGAAUCAGGGAAGCAUUUAUGAUGAUCACGAUCAUGAUUGUUAUGGCUGCUUCAUUAAUCAUAACAAUAAUAAUAACAGCAGCAACAUCAUGAUGUCAAUGCUGCUCGAGUCAGAUUCUGUUCUUUCUGUUCUUCCGUGUAUUAUACUAUGCAUAUACGGUCAAAGUUUGGGUCAAUAUCAUUAUCAUGAUGAUGAUGAUGAUGAUGAUGCAAGUUAA